AUGCAGGAGAGGCUCGAGGCUCCGGCCAGUCAUUUGAGCCGCUGUCAACAGCCCAGGCACAGCCCAGGCACAGCACGGGGCCCGGCUGGUUUGGCGGCUAGGCGAACGUCAAAUGAAGUUGAGGGGAUAUGCGUCGGAGUGGCUGCUCCGCGCUUCAGGGGCGAUUUCAACCGCCUCAGGUACCCGGUGCUGAAGAGCGCAGCGCCCGUUGACGAUGCGUCACUCCAAAUCCAGGAAAUCCAGGGCAGAAUGGACCAUCCACGUGGGCUAGCCGUGUCUGUGAUUCAGAGCAGCGAGAGCAUGGCCCGGACGGAGAAUGCAGGCGAAGCUUCCGAGGGGCCCGAGCAGACGGCACGGUCUCGAUCCAGCCGGGCAGACGCCAGCUUUGCUUCUCCAGUGCUAGGAACGUACGCCCGACGAUCCGCCCGUCCGCUGCCUGAACCCUCCCGACUCGACUCGCCAGCAGCCCAGCUGGUGUCCAAUAUCCGCGCCCAUGUCGACGUCGCCGACGAGCUCGAUGUUCGCGGGCAGAGCGCCUGUCAAGACCAGGUGAGCAGCAGAAUCAAAAUCCAAGGACCAGACAAGCGAACCGGGCCCCUGGCUCGCUAG